UAUAGCACAUAGAUAUAUUUAUUAAAAUGGCUGCCAUGGCGCUACCUUAUUUGAGAAACAUUUUCUACCGCAAGUUAUAACUUAAAUCACUUUGUAAAGUUGCGAAAAGGCCACAUCAUCAAAUUUUACUGCAAAUAUGGAGGGUCCUGAAUUAAUGGCGGGAAUGUCGGCGUUAUCUGCAUCACCUGUAACAGUAAAAGAGGAACCUCCCGAGCAAAAUACAUCCAAGCAAAACACACAACAAUCCCAAAUGCAGGAUGCUGUUUGUGUCGAAGAGGAAUGCAACGACCAACGUAUUGAGUGUACCACUGAAAGCCAAGAAAGCGAAAUGCGUGCAUUUUUGUCAAAAUGCGUCUUUUGCAACAAAGUGUUUACUUUGGGAGAUGAUCCAAAGCUACUCGAGUGCUUACAUGCGGCUUGUACAGCAUGUGUCAGUACUAAGCUAAGUGACCCUAAUACAUCGGUCGACGUAGAUGUGCUAUUGGAGAGUAAUGUGAUUAUGUGUCAUAUUUGUAAUGUAACUAGCCAAGUGGAAAAUUUGAUUGAAAAUAGAUUUCUCUCAAAACUAUUGGAUGAGGACAGCAAUUUAGGAUUGGACGAUGAAACUAAAGAAAUCGAGGAGGAAAAGAAAUGUACCAGUUGUGUUGAUAAUGUUACUGCCACUAGCUGGUGCAUCGAAUGUCAAGAAUAUAUUUGCCAGAGCUGUGUUCUGGCUCAUCAAAGAUUGAAGAUAACAAAGGACCAUACAAUUAAGCCUAAGGAUGAAGUGGCAAAUGAUAAAGAUAACGCUAAAAGAAGCAAUAAAAAGAUACCUGCAUAUUUGUUUUGCACAAUCCAUUCUCACGAACAGUUAUCUUUGUUUUGUCAAACAUGCGAUCGACUAACUUGUAGAGACUGUCAACUCAGCGAACAUCGUGAUCAUAAAUAUAAAUUUAUUCAUGAAAUUGCUGCUGAAACUCGGUCUUCCAUGUCCACUUUGCUCAAAGAAGUAAGUUACAAACGAGUGUUAUUGAAAAGUGCAAUGAAAGUUAUAGAAGAUAGGCAAAUCUUAAUAUUGGAAAAGAAAAAGAAUCUUGUUCAAGAUAUCACACAAAUGGUAGUACAAUUUACAAAUGCUAUUAAUACGAGAGGGAAACAAUUAAUAAUGCGAUUAACCGAAGUAUGCGAUCAAAAGCAGAAUACAUUAAAUGAGAAAAAAGUUGCUUUGGAUCAAUUGUCCAAGCUUACAGAUCAUUGUAUACUUUUUGGCACUCAUGCUUUGAAGAAAGGCUCAGAUAUGGAAUUAUUAUAUAGUAAAAAAUCAAUUACAAGUCAUUUACAAAGGAUAAAAAGUAGACGAGCUGAUAUACCAAAUCCUGAGAUACCAGUCAGAAUACAUCUGUCUUUGGAAAAAGUACCAGAUUUAAUAAAAGUGGUAUCGACGAUCGGAGCGAUAGUUGUCGAUGGUAGAGUGUAUCCGUCCACAUCACCUUCGACCAGCAGCAAUAGUACUUAUAAUGAAUCGCAAGCCGAGCAGAAACAACCGACCAAUUCUGCGAGUGCUCCCACGGAUGGUGCUGUUCCCGUUGUCGUUCAGCAGAAUUUAAUAAUACCCACGAUGGUAACGCAGCAGCCUGCUAACGCGCAACAGAACUCUUAUCAGCAACAAGUGCCUCUACAUGUGCCGCCUCAACAGCAACCACAACACACGCAACCAUCGCAGAAUUACUUGCAACAAUAUCCUGCACCGCACAAUAUGCCUCCUAGAUCAUCGCCACAGGCACAUCAGCCACGAGUGCCAUACGCCGUCAGUUACAGUAAUCGAUUGCAACAACCCUCAAUGAUACAUCAGCAACGCCCCUUGGGCAAUUGUCAUCAGCAACAGGUGACGUCAUCCACGCAUCCGCAUCAGCAGGUUCAAAAUCUAGAUCAGCUCGGACAAAACGCGAGUUUACGCGGACUUCUUGCACAUAAUACUCCUCUUCCACCACCCCCGUAUCCUUCCUUCCGACCGUCCACCAAUCACAUGUCAUAUCGAUUACCUCCUGGGUACAGAUAUUCCUCAAAUGGCACCCCUUCGAGAGGAUUAGUCCAGGUGCCGCCACCACACUCGUAUCAAUCGGCGAACGCGUCUGUUAUGUCUGGGACGACGCGUUUGCAGCAAUGCAAUUUAACUCCGCCGACGACGCAACACAUGGGAAACUAUCCUAUGCAGCAUCGUUGGCAUAUACCUCAGCAAGCCAAUCCCUGCCUUCCUUAUACUGCGUCUCGAAAUCAACAAGUGGCUCAUAUAAUGCCAGCUCCUGUCAAUGACACGUACAAAAUUACUUUAAGAAAUCAACAAGCCAAUAACAAUCAAAAAUAUGGUGCCGUAGCGAGUGUUAGUCCGUGCGAUAAUUCAUCUCAGCUGCAAAGCCCGUCUACUGUUGCUGGACACACUGUGAGCUCGUCGGUGCCCAAAACACCUAGUCCUGUUACCACUCCUGGCAAAUCGGACGAUACUGAGAAGAGUCUAGACAAGUUUUGUCAGAAAUCAUUGAAUGAUCUAAUGCUUACUAUCGCAAAACUGGAUAGCAAUGGAAUUGUGGUGAUACCAGAGGCACAAAGAAAUCAAAUGGAUUCGACGCAAGUUGAUAGUUCAACUGACGAAGAUAUCAAUUCGAUAACUGAAAAUCCAACAGAUAAUUCAAAAAAUGUAUCAGUGCCUAUGGUAAUUAAGGACGAUCCAAACGAGGACUGGUGUGCCGUUUGCAUGGAUGGGGGAGAUGCUGUUUUGUGCUGCGAUAAAUGUCCAAAAGUUUUUCACCUCUAUUGUCACAUACCUAGCUUAAAAUCAUUUCCCGAUGAAAGUGAAACUUGGCAGUGUAUGUUAUGUACAAAUGUGCUUGACUGUUCGGACGAUGUAUCAAGCAGCGAGAAGAAGUCAACUGGUAUGAGCACGAAGGAAUUGCGUAUUGCACAAAGAAUUGUUUUAGAGCUCUACUGUCAAUACGAGCAAAGUCUUCCUUUUCGGGAGGUUGUAUCGAGUGAGAUUGUCGAUUAUCAUCGGAUUAUUAAGAAGCCGAUUGCGUUAGAUAUAAUUAGGGAAAAGUUAAAACCUGAUCAUGUUGAUCAUUACACAGAUUUAAGACAAGUCAUGGCGGACAUCAGACUCAUGUUCAAAAACGCUUUUACAUACAAUCCAGUGGAUUCACAAGUUUAUCAAGAAGCUAGAAAUUUAGAAGAGUUUUUUGAGAAAUUGUUACUAAAAUGGGCACCAAAUUACGCGUAUGACGAUCCUUUUCUCACACCUGAUAAGGACGAGGACGAAGAAGUUUUCCCGCCUAACAGAAAAUACAGACGCAUAAUCAAUGAUUAAAAGGAACGUGUAAAUUGUUAUCAAUUGUACCUCGCCGGAAUUGUUACGUUUGGGAAUAAGUUGCUCGCGUGACUUUAUACUUACGUUAAAUUAUAAAAAAUUAAUUAUCUGGUAGAACGUGAUAAAUACUACCGAAACUAUCAUAAUAGGAUAAAUUUCUAAAAAAUAUUGUAGAAUAAAGCAAGGGAAUAUAUAAUCAAAUCUCUUCAAUCUUAAUUUUGGGAUUUAAAAUCCUUUAGUUGUAGCAUUUUUCUCACUCUUCGCUCAUAGCCUAAUUGUACAAAUGUGAAAUGAACAUUUUGGAGAGAAAGCGAAUCGCAAAUAUAAAAUAGCGAGGGAUGCAUGAGAAGAAGGGGUUUGAUUAUAUAUUUUCUAUAAUCUGAGCCUUAUCUGUAAAGUUAAGUUGUCUCGGUUAAACAAACAUAUUUUAAUGCACGAGAUGACAUGCUAGAUUUUUAGUUAAAUUUAGCUAAACAAUAUAUUUUUAGUAUGUAUUUAGGCAUACAUUAUUGCUUGAAGUUUUAUCUCGUUAGUGAACUUGCGCCUAGUAGUACUUGUUAUUACUCAUAUUUGGUUAAUAGAAUAGUUAAUUUAAUAUACAAUUAUUUGACGAAUAUCAUUAUUUUUUUUAUUUCUUUC